AUGGCUCGCGUAAAUGGUUCGGGUAUCCUCCUCCUGCACUCUAUUUUCAUUUUAAGCUUUCUCUCACAUUUUCUCCAUGGAUGUCCUCUACACGAAUUGAAAGCUCUUUUGAGUAUAAGGGACAGUUUGAAUGACCCCAAGGGAGAGCUCAACUCUUGGGAGGGAGAUGAUUGCUGUAUAUGGAAAGGUAUUUAUUGUGAUGAAGUGAAGAAGGGUAGACAGGUCUCCAAGUUGGAUAUCCAUGGCUUUUACCUUGAAGGUAAUGUGAGUUCAGGCUUGCUUGAAUUGAAACAUCUCAGGCAUUUAGAUUUGGGGGGUAAUAAUUUUAGCUGGGAAAGUCUGAUGCCUGCAGGCUUGGGUUCUUUAAAAGACCUAACAUAUCUAGAUAUGUCUUUAGCGAAAGGUAUAUUCAGUCGGUGUUGGAUGCCUGAAGGCUUGAGUUCUUUAAAAGACCUAACAUAUCUAGAUAUGUCUUUAGCGAAAGCUAAAUCCAGUAGGUGUACAUGGGCAAAUCAUUUGAGCAUACAAUGGUUGUCUAGUCUGUCAUCACUAAAAUAUCUGUCAUUGAGUAGGUUAUAUCUGCAGAGCUCUGAAAUAAACCCAGCUAUUGGUAGUCUCUCCAAGCUUAAUCAUCUGGAGCUGUCCGAAUGUGAUCUGGAAGGCUCCACCGUGCUAAAUUCUUUAGUCAAUCUUUCCUCUCUUGGUUUUGUGGACCUAAGUAAAAAUAGCAUUUCAGGAUCAAUACCUAGUUGGAUGGGAAAUAUGAGCAAAUUAACUUCACUUGAUCUAAGUCACAAUUAUUUGAAAGGUUCUAUACCUCCCGGCAUGAUUAGCACUAGUUGUAGAAGUCUUUCCUAUUUGGACCUUGGGUAUAAUCAUUUAGAAGGCACAAUACCACCCAGCUUGGGUUUCCAUAUGAAUCUCUCUUACACAGAUCUUAGUUACAACAAACUUAGUGGUCAAAUACCUUCUUCUGUUGGGAAUCUCUCUGCUCUUGUUCAGCUAGAUCUUAGUGACAACGAGCUUAGUGGUCAAAUACCUUCUUCUUUAGAUCUUAGUAACAACGAGCUUAGUGGUCAAAUACCUCCUCUUGGAAAUCUCUUUGUUCUUGUCCAGUUAGAUCUUAGUAACAACAAGCUUAGGCUUGAAAUACCUCCUAUCGGAAAUCUCUAUGCUCUUGCUCUGUUAGACCUUAGUUACAACAAGCUUAGCGGUCAAAUACCUCCUCUUGGAAAUCUCUCUGCUCUUGUUCGGUUAUAUCUUAAUGACAACAAGCUUAGUAGUCAAGUGCCCCACUCUGUAGGAAAUCUCUCUGCUCUUGUCGAUUUAGAAUUACGAGGUAAUCAUCUGAGUGGAAGCCUUCCCCUAUCAUUUUCUCAACUAUCUUCUCUCACUUAUCUUGAUGUAAGCAACAAUGCAUUGAAUGCAAGUGUCCAUCCUUCACUUAAGCUACCGUCCUCUCUUUACUCUAUAGACCUUUCGACCAACAGCAUGGUUGGAAUAGUUCCAGAAGUUCUUUUUCAGAACACUUUCAAGUUACAAAGUCUUGAUUUGAGUGACAGUGGAUUGAGUAUCAAUUUUAGCUCGACCUGGAUCCCCCCAUUCCAGCUUUGGAAUCUAUUUUUGAGGAAAUGUAAAAUUGGAGGCCCGGUCCCCAACUGGAUUUCAACGCAAUAUGGGCUCAGUACAUUGGACUUGUCAAAUACCUCAAUUGUGGGAAGUCUUCCUCCUUGGCUAUGGGGUUUUUCAUCACAGUUGACAAGCCUAAACCUGUCAAAUAAUUAUUUGGAAGGUCCUUUCUCUCCUACCUUGGUGAGAAUAGAUAUGCUGGAUCUCUCUAAAAAUGAAUUGAGUGGACAUUUAGUGGCUGAUAUUGAUGAGCAUGUCUUGUCUGUACACAGAUUGCUCCUUGCAGACAACAAAUUGGAAGGGAGAAUCCCAGAUUCACUGGGGAAUAUAAGCUCUCUGUAUUCUCUGGAUUUGUCAGGCAAUUUGUUAACAGGGAGUAUCCCAGCUAGUUUGGGUGGUUUGCUAAGUCUUAGAAUGCUGAAUUUGGAAAACAAUCUGUUGGAUGGAAAGAUUCCUGGCGACCUUGGCAGGCUAUCACAGAUUGUCAUACUCAAUAUUGCAAAUAAUCAUUUGAAUGGUAGAAUCCCUAAUGAGCUGGGUAAUAUGACACAACUGGGUAAUAUGACCAAGAUUUUCAAGUGGUGA